AUGUUUUUCAUUAUGUUAAAUAGCUAUUUGAUAUUCAAUGGCGAUCCUUUGCCAAGUGAAGAUGAAUUUCGGAUGCAAGAGUUGCGUAAUCAUUGGAGAUCAUAUAACGAGAUAAUAUUACAAUCGAUCAGGUUAGCACCGAUUCACUUGUUGAUAAUCAAUCAGAACGGUGAGAGCUCUCGUCAUUACAGCUAUCAAUAUAAGUAUAUUGUGAAAUGUGACCAACUACCACAGUUAAACAGUCCGCAACAGACUGCUACUAGUGCUCGGGUUAUUCCUGAUAAUUGUAUACAUCUAUCGUUUGGAAAGAUCUCCAAUAUUCCUUUGCAACCUAAUACCAUACCUCCUCAGAUUCGCAAGCUUUCACUUGGUCAUUGCUACAAUUACCCGAUGUUUCCUGGUGUCAUUCCCGAGGGUAUAGAAGAGCUGCAUCUCGGGCAGAACUUUAACCAGAUAAUCCCAGCGAAAUGGCUACCUAGCACUCUGAGAAAGAUUGAAUUCUCAUUGCUCUUCGAUCAAGAGCUGCUGCCUGGAUCGAUACCGGCGAGUGUUGAGCAUCUUAUAUUCUACCGGUACAACCAAGAGCUGAAACAUGGAGUUCUACCGGCGGGAUUGAAAAAGUUAGAGUUUAUUCAUAAUUUCAAUCAUCGUAUUGUGGAGGGUGAUCUUCCCGAUGGUUUGGAAUCACUCACUCUCAGCACCAAUUUCAAGUCAAUCAUUGCUCCCGGUGCACUUCCACCGACUCUAACCUAUUUGGACAUGACAUGCGCAACUGUACAACCGGAUAUAAAUUGUUUUCCAGCUUCUCUCAAAACGAUUGCCCUGCGAUAUGAACCAAAGCUGCCAGAUGGCUUACCUCACUCCAUUACCAACGUUACUCUCGGUGACUAUUGUCGUGUGCCUAGCAUACUGGAGCGUUUGCCAACCGACACCAUCCGAGUGUUGACUCUUGGUCAGAAAUUCAAUGCACCUGUGUAUCGUGGUGGACUCACCGCUAAAUCAAUUCAAUCGAUAUUGCCCCGGCAGCUUGAGGGGUUGACAUUUGGACGUCUCUAUAAAAUCAAAAGAAUAUCGAAUGACAGCUAUCUUGCAAUCAAUGAAUCACUUUAUGCUGGUGGAUUUAUGAGAUAUAAAGAGACUCUGGAGAGAAGAAGUGGUGCUGCGGAGCAUGUUUACGAUGAACUAGAUCAUUCUGAUGAGAUUGAAAAGUGGGGAGUCUACAAGUGUUUCAAUGAGUUACUCUCAACUCCAGAAAUAAAUAACUCGAUUCCCUAUAUCAAUACACUGUUGGAUUCUGAUUUACAUCUUGGUAAGCUUGUUAGAAUCAGAUGUAUGAUACAAGAUGUUUUCGAUCCUCAAUUCUACCAAGGUGUCUUUAGAGUUAGAAAUAUCAAAACAGAUCAAUAUAGAUAUGAUACUGUAGCAUUCAAGAGUCAUGGUCAUAUUGCUGAAGAUGAAGAGUUUGACGAUACCUACGAUGGUCUAACAUUUGAAAGAAAUCAAUUCUAUUGUAUACCUGUGCCAUGCGAGAAUCAAUGGUCAUUAAACAAUAGACUAUCAUCCAAUAAUCGAAAGAAUGAAUCUAACAACAACAAGAGAUCAAACAACAAAAGAUCAAAUGAGAAUGAUAAUAAUGACAAUGAUAAUGAUAUAAAUAUGACUGAUAGUGGUAACAACAAUAACAAUAACAAUAAUAGUAAUAAUAAUAAUAAUAGUAAUAAGAAAUUAAAUAGUAGUAGCACUGGUAAUAAUAGUAGUAAAGUAAAUAAUGAUAAUAGUGAAAGUUUUGAUAAUUAUGAAAAAGAUACGGAUUUAAAGAAGGUUUACAACUACCCAAUACCAAGUUCAACUAAUAUGUGUCCGUUUGUUGUUAGUGUCUAUGAUCAUAGCGAUCUAGAUGCUCUUAGAGUGAAUGAAAUCGUAGAGUUUGUAGGUAUAGUGUCUAGAUUCACUGCUCAGUCUAUACCGGAUAACACCAACAAGGGUUACAACAUGGACGACGACAUGGCUUACUAUUCAUCGAUGAUGGAGAUCGACGACAACGAACAAACUAGAUCAACUCCAGAGUCAAUGGUACCAAGAUUUCAUGCAAUUUCACAUCGUAUCUUGGAUCCAUACAAAUUCGAACAACAACAAAAAUCAUCAACAACAACUACUACACCUAACCAACAAAACAUAGUUGAAAUUAGAACAAAGUUAAUCAGUUACUUACUACGAUAUUGUUUACUUGGUGAUUCGAUUGCUGCCGAGUAUCUGUUGUGUCAUUUGCUUUCCAAGGUCUAUACAAGAGUGGCCGGUCUGUGCUUGGGUAACUUCCCUUUGAAUUUCGUGUUGCCAGAGACACAGAGUGCCAAGUCCGUCUCGCUGCAGCUGGAGAGAUUCAUGUCGAGUGUGGUGUGUCGUUCGCAUCUCUUGAGAGUCACAGUUGAAAACUUGAACGACGGUGACUUUAUUCCAUACAAAGACUAUGAGAACAAUAGAAUCAUAUCGGGUCUACUCCAACUUCCGAAAAACACCAGUGUCAUCGUUGAUGAAACCUGUCUCAACGAAGAACAACAACUACAACAACAACAAGAUAUACAAUUAGAUGAUAGUUCCUUGAUAAAUCAGUUUAGAGAGUAUGUUGGUUGUUUAAAGAGUGCAACUAUGUCAUCGUCGAAUGAGAUGGUUACCAAACACAUUGAAGAUGAUUUUGUAAGCACCAGACAAAGAGAUCCAGAGACAUCACAAGAGAUAUUCCACUAUUGGUUGACAUUGGCACGUCUUCUAACCAUCUCCUACGGUGAACAAGAGAUCUCUAUUGAGCGUUGGAACUACAUGAAGAAUCUAGAGUCAACAAGAGAACAACAAACAACACUUAAAACAACACAAAACAAAUAA